UAUACAUUCUGGCUGCGGGCGCACUCCAAGUGAGCCUCAGCCCAUUGACGCUCAUUGAUAUAUCUCCUCCUGCUCGGACGUCUCUAACGUCUCCUGCCCCACGGUAUACAGAGAAAAAUUCUGUCACGCUCCCUCAUACCGUCAAGAAGCCAAAAUGAUCCGCUCAUCAAUCACCAUUGCCUUCGUUGCGCUGCUCGCCCUCGCAGCUGCUGCACCAGGUACGUAUUCUAUCUCAUGCUCGUUGGGUUUGGAAUCCAACUCACAACGACUAGUCCAGCCUAGGUCUGAGAUGGAAAUCACAACAUCGCCCGAGUGCGAAAAAAUCAGAAGUAAGUUAAAGCCCUUGACACUUGUUGCACGGCCACUCACACGAUCUACAGCACGUCGAAGCGAGAGGGUCAAAAAUGUAUCGGGACCAACGCCGGGCAGCGAUCAACAUGAACCUUUGGAUGACGAUCUCAUCUUCGCAUUGGGUUGCGUGUUUUAGGAUAUGAUCUGUGGAACAUCAAUAGGCAAACAUAAUUAAUACCAUUAAUGCGACUGCAACCUCUGUCUAUGUUUA